CGCCUUCGGCCCACUACUAGAAACCCUGCACGACAUCAUCGUCGUCGUCAUCGUCAUCUCCCUUCAAUUGGCGACAGCAGUGGCGAAGACGAAGAAGAAGAGAUGGCGGAGACGAUGAAAUGCUUGUCGUGCAAGGAGGAGUACGGGUCACGUGACGCCGGCACGUGCCGAGAAUGCUACGAGGAGGCCAGCGAGACCGAGGAAGAGCUCAAGCGUGAGAUCGACGACCUCAAGUCCAAAGUCAACUUCCUCCGCUUCUUCUGGGGCCCCCCGCUCCUUUCCCCUCCUCUCUUCACCGACGUCGUUUUGGUCGCCUCUGAUGACCAUUCCACCGCCUCCUGUCAGCCCUUACCCGUCCCCGCCCAUCGGGCCGUUCUGGCCAGCCGUUCCCCAGUUUUCAAAGCCAUGCUGGAAAUUAAGAUGGAGGAAAGCCUCAGCGGAACAAUUAAAAUUUGUGAUGUGUCAUAUGAUGCCCUUCGCGCCUUCGUCAACUACUUGUACACUGCAGAAGCUUGUCUUGAUGUGAACAUGGCUUGUGACCUCUUGGUAUUGGCUGAAAAGUACCAAGUCAAACAUCUGAAGACUUACUGUGAGAAGUUUCUGAUAUCUAACUUGAGCUGGGAGAACUCAAUCCCAAUCUACGCUUUUGCUCACCAGCACAAUGCCAGAAGCUUGGUUGAUGCUGCCUUAUCACUGAUCAUGGACAACAUGGAGAAACUACGCAAGCGGGAAGAGUACGCUGAACUCGUCGAGAAGGAACCCCGCAUGGUUGUGGAAUUGUAUGAAGCUUAUCUAUCUAAACAGGUCAACACUGCAGCAAACAAAGGUUCUACGCCAAAGGCAUAGAUGGUUUUGCAGUCUGGCAGACGAGACAAAAUGGAAUAGAGUAGGAACAUCUAUGAACAAUAAUGCAAGUAGAUAUAUAUUCUAAUGUAAAUUGCUUAUUAAGAGGAUAGCUUCAGGAUGUUUUGAUUUCUCUUCAUUCAAACCUUGUAAAUUCCAAACCCCAUGCAUUUUUUAUUCCACUGAAACAGAGUUUUUCUUUUCUA